GAAGGCGACCACGACCAAUUAACCUGUAGAGCUUGUUCUUUUAUGUAUAUAUCGUUUUUAAUUUCCAAUUUGAAGUAUAUUCAAGACUACAACUACAAAUAUUUGACGAAUAGAUUUCAAAUGAACUAUUUCUGCAUCGAUCCGCGUGAUGUUGUAGAAGCGUCCCAUCUCCAUGGCAACGCCAGGCAAGCAAAAGGACGUGUUGUCUCGUGGCCUGUAAACUGCCGAAACUGCUCAUAAUAAAUCGUGUUUUAGUGCUUUUGAACUUAACACAGCAAGAUUUGUUUAGUCUCAAAAGCGUCGGUGAAGCGAGUUUUUCAAGGAGUCAAGGCUUCAGAGAUGGAAAGUCCUCGUAUCGGUGUGGUGAGAGACUCGAUGCUUCAUCGUCCUCUAUUGAUUAAGCCAACUCUUGGAAAGUCAAAGUCGAGAGGAUUGUCCUAUCCAGGACCUGAGUUUGUUUUCGGGACAGCGACCACAGUACAGGAUGGAGGAGUACAAGAAGCCAUCUCCAACUGGCACACUCACACUAUGUCUACCACACACCGAGCAGCUGAGAGGGAUUUUAUUGCCCUCAACAGAGAAGGGGUAAAGUCAGGCUUGGUUACUGCUAAAGAGCUUCACCAGUACCGCGCUACUCAUGACAUACGCCGCAAACCGCUGACCAGAGAGGGCUUUCGCAGGUCUGCACCACCACGCUUAUCACCUGACGAUUCAUUCUUCGUCUCUAACAGGCCAUCCACUCCAAUCUCAGAGCUCAUCGAGUACAAGUAUGCUCAAAGAUGGCUGGAAGAGCAGCAGGUCAGAGACAGAGUCCUCCAGGCCCAUCAGCAUAAGAAGGCUCAGCUCGGUCGUAUACAGGACACAAGAACAACCCUGCUCCGAAAGAGUCAGCCCUUGCCUGAGGCUCCGUCCACGUGGAAACUGCCUCGAUUCCAGAAGGUGGGAGCGGCUCUGGACACCUUUCGAGAUCCUGAAGCCCGGAAAAAAGCCAUGAACGCCCACUGCUCUGAGUCUGUUAGCAGGAGAGGGAUUCUGGGUCAAGGCACUUACACGGUGGAUUAACAGAGCUGUAAUUAUUACAUGUGUAUCAGGCCUCUUCCUCGACUGUUCAUCUUUUAAUGUCACAAUAAAUGAUGUUAACCGCUUUACAACCAAUCGGAAAGGAUGAUUCAAUCAUUGAAAGCAUGAAUGGUAUCAAUUUAAUAACAGCUUAUUAUAUAGUUAAUAAAUUGUUAUUAAUUUAAGCAAUCA